AUGACUUUUGAUGAAUAUGAAACGAUUUCAGCUGUUCAAGUUGCUCAAGAUGCUGCAAAAGCUACUCAAGAAGCUGAGAAAGCAAAGAAUGUAGAAGCUGUAGAAGGUGGUGAAACAGUUAAAGAAACAUUAGUUGAAGGUGAGGUGCAUACGGAUUCAAGUGCAACUGAAAGUGACAUAGAGGUUACAAAGAUGGCACCAACAUCAUAUGUUAGCGGGAAAUUCAGAAUGAAAGGUCCUUCCAGGAAGAAGAAAGGUUCUGAUGAUGAAGAUGCAACUUACGAGCCUUUAGCUGUUGAAAAGGAAAAGUUAUCGAAGCGUAAAGGUAUACAGAAGCGUAAAGCUCAGCCAACAGGUAAAGUUGCAAGAAGAAGGAAAGCCAGAAAGAUUACAAUUUCUAUUCCUAAACAGAUUCCAGAAAUUGAAAGAGUUGAAAACGAAGAAGUGGAGAUUCCUGUUAAGAGUGAAUUCAGAAUGGCUACACCUCCAACUUCACCAACUCCGGAAUCAAUUCCAACUGUUGAAGAACCGGGAUCUACUACAAAGAAAAUUCCAACUCCGAUUCAAGAAGGUUCAAGUCAAGGUUUUCCUAAAGUUCCAUCAAUCCUUGAUGCUGGUUCAACAGGUUUAGAAGAUUUUGGAGAUUUCUUUAAUGAUGCAAAAGUUAAUGAAUUGUCAAAGAAAGUUGCUAAAUUGGAGAAAACAAAAGCAGAAACAGAGGAGAAGCUGAAGCAGGUUGAAGUAGAAAAUGUCGUACUCAAGAAUGAGGUCUUUGCAAUUAAUGAAAGAUUGUUGGAUGUUGAAGCAGGUAAAAAUGCUUUGAAUGAAGCAAUUGAUGAGCUGCUAGUUGAAAAUUACGACUUGAAUGAUGCUAACACGACAAUAAGCAAUGCUAAUGAGAUCUUGAAAAAGGAGAUAGAAGAUCUGAAAGUCAAAGAUGAAAACAAGUCCAAGCAGAUAGAAAUGUUAUACACUGUGAUAGAAGACAGACUUGGCAUCAAUGUGCAUGCAGCUUUCGAUGAUAUUAAAAUCCGAAGAGCUGAGGCUCGAAGGAUGGAGAAAGAACAAAAAGAUGCUGAAGAAGCCGCUGCAGCUUUAAAAGAUAAAGGAAAGGGUGUCGUAGAUGAUAAUGAAGAAAUUCUUGGAUCAUCGAGGCAACAAGAGCAACAACAACCAGAUGCUGACGUGAAUGCUGCAGAUGUUGAAGUUAAUGUUGCAGAGGUUGAAGUGAAUGAAGAAAAUGCUCUAGUUCCACCACAGUUUUUCGUCCUUGUUGGUGAAUUGAAAAAUGUAUCUUACAACAGGGAAGAUAAUGCUAGAAGAAUCGAAGUUGAAAGGCGACGAUUGAAAGCAAAAGAAGCUAAGAAAGCUCAGGUUGAUGAAAAGGUUGACGAAGAGAUAGAUGAUGAGGAUGAAGAGGAUGAUGAUAUAAAAUACAUUGAUGACUUUCAUGGAAGUGAUGAUGAUAAAGAUGAUGAUGAUGAUCAGGAAAUAAUGGAGGUGCACUAA